GAGUCUAGUCUACCAUUCCGUGCGUGCGUAAAGCCAUCGAGGCACACACAGUGUCCGCCCUGCUUCCUUUGCCUUGCCCCCCGUCCUCUCAUCGAUAUCAUCCUCCUCUCUCCGCAAUUCAUCCUUCCCUGUCAACCCUCCCUCCCUUCCCUCGUAGCCAUUGCGCAACGUGACAGAGUAACAGUCGACGAGUCCAGUCUCGGCGGCGAUUGCUCGUUGCAGAGGGGGCUGCGAAGCAACACAUUGCGCUUCCAACCUCCCCCCUCAUCGCCAUGCCUUAUUCGAUACAGUCGCCGCUCAACACUCUUGCAACAGAGUGGAGGGCUUGCAAGGGUGACGUCCCCCCGCCUCUGGUGGGCGCUGCAGUUGUGGUAGUGGAUGAAGACGAUGAGACCUCGAUACGUCACGAGCGGAGUGCUUCCUCCUCGCUCGACAGAUCCACACCCAAGCAUGGCGGCAAAGGGAGGAUGUUCCUGUUUGCUGGACGUCUGGCGUCCAACAGGAAGAUGACCAAUGACCUCUACUGUCUCGACCUCGGCACCCUCGUUUGGACAAAGAUUGCCGCACCUCCUCCACCGGUGCGCAAGAUCGACGAGGACGCCAAGACAUCUAGUGCCCAAGGGCGAUACCCUGUCCCUCGAUACUUCCAUUCAUGCGAUCUAUGGCGAGGCAAAUUGGUCAUCUUUGGAGGCAUGGGGUACCACUCCAAGUCCUCUCGUAUGGACAUGGCAGGAGAAAAGUCCAAAGACAAAGGAGCCGAUCCACUCUUCGUCAUGGACGAGCUGCUCCUCUUCGAUCUAGCGACGAUGCGCUGGGAUCAUGACUACAUUGCCCAGCCAGGCCCGGUCAGAGCACCCGCACCACGGUACGCUCAUCUUUCGGCAAUCACAGGAGAUUCACUCGUCGUGAUAGGUGGUCAGAACAUCAGCAACAAGUACGUUGAAGAAAUAAACGUCUUCGACCUCGUGCAAAGGCGAUGGACAUUGUGUGAGACCUUGGACAGGCAGUGUGGCAGCUAUCGCUCUUUGGCUGUCAGCCCUCCUUGGAUUCUUGAGAGCUACACGGGGCCGUCCCAUCUGGCCGAAGCUACAGCGACGAGGAAACGAUCCGGCUCCAAAGGCUCAGCCGCAACAAAUCUAUCCGGGCACAGAGAGUCUUCGCCCUCGAUCGGAAGGGCGAGAGGUAACAGCAACGUCAGUUCAAUGGCCCCCUACGAUGCCACACAUGUCUCUGCCCAGCCCAUGAGCGGCACGAAUGCCAAUGCAGCCCAUGAUGCACGUCUAAUGAGCGCGUCUGACAGUCAGCAUCCCGGCGAGGAUCGUCUCAACCCGAAAGGAACGAUUUCGGGUGCGGCAAAUGCCCCUUCCCUACAGCCUCUCCCUAUGAGCAGGCCGGUGACGAAGCAGGAUGAUCACCCUUCCCUUUAUGUCUACUCGAACUACAACUUCACGGAUGUGAAAAGAGAGCUCGAGAUCAUCAAAGUCAGCAAGGCCAAGAAGCAGACGACGCUCUCUGACCUCAAUGGCAUUGACGAUAAGCCGCAAGCAUUGACACUACAAGACCAUUCGGCCUCGAUGCAGGGAGCUCAUGCCACUGCGGGUCUCCCGCCUGGCCUUCGCUUUCCCACGGGAGUGAUCAUCGGGGACUACUUGCUCGUUUCGGGCACCUACCUUGCGAACACAUCACAGGCGUUCAGCAUCUGGUCCCUCUAUUUGCCGAAGCUAAUCUGGUCCCGCCUCGAUUUAGGCCCGCUAAUCAAUCAAGGUUCCUGGAAUCGCGCAACCGUGUCGGCAAAGCGAGGCCAGAUGUUCAUCUUUGGCAACCGCGAGCGAGACCUGGUCACAGACUACAAUCAUCGCCAGUCCAAUUGGGAUCAUAUGCUCACAUUCGAUCUGGAAGCUUGGGGCAUCAGCCAGCCUCCGCUGAGACCCACGUCUGAUGAGGGUCUCGAGCUCGGCCUCCAGAAGUUGGAGACCGCAAUGGCUUCUUCAGUUUAUCAGUCUCUUGCUGGAGCCUUUGCAAAGCGAAGAAGCAACUUCAAUGGUACGGCGCAGACUCUCCUCGACUCAAGGGCCUGGUUCAGUACGCUACCUGAUGAUCAUCAGGAGCCUCCCUUGCUGCCCGGGGUACUGGGUACUGGAGGCGAUUUUGAGAUUAUGUGCUCCGAUGAUAUAAAGAUUGGUUGCGAUCGCGUAGUGCUGGAGGCUCGUUGGCCGUGGUUCCGCCAGAAGCUAGCUCGGUAUCGAGCACACGCAAAGGCAGCAGCAGAUCUUGUCCAGACUAGGCGGGAAGAGCACCGUGCGGAAGGAAAUGCGCCUCCCCCGCAUUCUGGUAAUAGAAGCAGGGCCAAUUCCAAGGAAAGAGCUGUGGCCGCUUUGCAAGCUGCAGCAAGCGAGGAAGAUGGCCACAUGCAAUCAUCGAGUACCGCACUCAAUAAUCCCCAAGCAUCUGGAGAAGCCGUACCCAGUGUGGAUGGAGCAUUCGAAGAAGGCGACUGGCGGUUCACGCCGCGUCAGCUCCAUCUUUCGGAACCAUCUGCGGUGGUCCUCGCUCUCCUGCAAUUCUUCUACACUCGGUGCAUCUGUACCUCUCUCCAGCGCCAUCCAUCAGUGGUGGCCAGCCUGCUGGUCUUCUCACGGCUGUACGGCCUCGAGGAUACGCUCGGAAAGUGGGCCCGCCACGCUGCCAAUGUCUUGCUAGGCGGCGGUCUCAUUCCCGACGCCCUCAACACCGCAGGCGUGCACGCUGAAUCCGUUGCAAUGGGAAGUUCCCGAAGCGGAGAGGCAACAGCACAUUCAGCGACGAAUGGACUGGCAAAGGACGUUACUGGAAUGGGGUUGAUGUCCACUGUCGAACUUGGCAAUGACCUCCCAGUAGAGGAAUGCCACCGGCUCUCUGUGGCCUUGUAUGAAGCUGCUGGUGUGGCCGGUUACGAAGCGGUUCAGGUCCGAGCCUUGCGGAACAUCACCGCCUUGGCAAAGUACACGCAGCGGCAAGCUGUAACGCGGACAUCGGACCAUUCUGCUCAUGCUCGCAGUAGCUCUCAAGGCAACAGCAGCAGCCAAAUGCAUGGUCAACAAUCUUCUUCUGCUCUUGGCUAUCCGGGACGACCUGCCGAGCCUGUUCGGGCCAAUACGUCGAGUCACAUUCCCAUGAACCCAAGCACCUCUCCUAAUCGAGCUGUGCGGCCAAGCUCAUCGGGAGGUCUGGUCGGUGCGGCUGCAUUGAGGCGUCCCAUUGGAGGCGGUGUCGGCAACAGAGCGCUCAGACCGUCCUCCUCGUCGGGCAGGAUGAGUGGUAAUGAAGACUCGGAUUUCUUGCCCCAUCAACGUUCGUAUGGCGAAGAAGGCGACGACUUCGGCCGGUCAGGGGGACGUGCUCGCGGCAAUGGCAAGGUCGACCGGAUCCUUGGGCUGGGUGGCGAAGGGCUCCCAGGUAGAGAGGACGGCAACUACCAUCGGAAGAACACUGGCGGCUCCAUUGGAUCUGUCGGCAGCAACGCAUCUGGUGUGGGCAAUUUGGCCAGUGCCGGUGCGGGCCGCAAGAGGUUCAGCUUAUUCGGCAGGGGUGGCAGCGUGGGAGGGGAAGGUACUGGUGCUUCGAUGCUGGCGGGAGAAGACGUGGUGGAAAGGGAGGAAGAAGGCUCGGGCUUUGCCAGUGCGGCGCUGUCUCGCAAUGCCACGAGCGGCAGUGUAGGUAAAAGCAGCGGUGGUCACAAUCCUGGCAAGUCAAACAGCAGCUUCCACGAUGGGCCAAACGAUGCUGGCAUGGGAGGGCGGCUGUAUUAGUCAUUGUGCAGGUCAGAAUGUUGGGCUGCUUGCUUUGCUCUUUUCUUUGCGUUGCUCUCUCUUGUCACCCUGCUAUCAUUGUUGCUAUACUUUGCCAAAAAGAGAUUCCUGACGACUUUUUCACCCACAAGUCUAUACGCUACGCUGAAUUAUGCCCAUCCUCUUAGUGCGCUCAUGUGGUUGUGUCUGCGUGGGUCCGUGACGGGGUGGUAGGCCUUUCCUCGUUGUCCCU